GCGAGCCAUGAUUCAGUGUGUGAACGUGCGCAGGCGCAGCGGUGUUGCGGUGCCAGGAUGUCCCCAGCAGCGUCGUUUGGUGAACGAUGGGCCCGAGACAACCUGACCAGGAAGGCGUCCCCAGAUGAACUAGAAACCCUAGAUCUCAUAUCGCAAACAUGCGAUGGGGAAGAAAUUGAAGCUAACAAGAGAGCUAGGAAAUACUAUACCGCAAGGGGACCGGGAGGCCUGACUGAAUUAUGGCAUAAGAGGCAUCCGGACGAUGAGGACAUUUUGUCAAGUUGUCAAGAUAUAUACAUAGUACCUCUUCGAGAGCGCAGUGCGGGCGGCAAACGACUUACCUUUGUUAGACUACCAGCGCCAACUGCUCUCAAUAGGCCGCUGUCUGCUAAAGCACUGCUUGCUAGAUGGCUGAUGAUAUUAGACAUAAGAUUGAAAGAAGAUCCGACACCCGGCGAUGAAGUAGUAAUCAUAGACGUAUGUGAUAUGCAACCUUCGCAUAUAAAGAAUCACUUCAAAGGUGCAUAUUGGAAGGAUUUCAUUUGGUGCAUGAGGGCCGCCUACCCCGUGAAGUUUUCCGAAGUUCACAUAAUAAAUACCCAGAAAUUAAAAACUGUAUCUCUAUUGCUUCUCCACAUUGGACUGUACCCUUGGCGACGCAAGUUCAUCCACAUGCAUCCGAAUGGUGAUAAAGUUAGCAAUGUUACUGGAGUUGACUACUUUCCACCUGAAGGUCUACCCUACGAGUAUGGAGGGAAGGCGGGGGCUAUGAAAGAUCUUAAUGAUGAGUGGACGAAGAAACUGCUCCUGAACUCGAAAUGGCUGGAGCUUGAGGAACGGAAGUAUUACCAAACUGAGUUGCUACCAGAGAAGCAGCGUCGGCACAGAAGUGUCAUACGAAAUAUACUCAGUGCUAGUUCCUAUGAUAUAUCGAGAAGUCAAUCCUGCAAGUCUUUAAAUAAUGACCUCGACGAUGGAGCGUAUGGCGCUUAUAGAACCCUAAAAGUUCAUAAGACCUUUGACGUAUAAACCUUAGUUUCUCUUUAGGAUUUUUACCAUGAAAUUUUGUUAGUCUGGGAUUUUUUGUUAAUAACUAAUAGUCAGUGUCCCAAUUCAUUUAAAUGUUUAGUUAUUAUCUUAUAAUCUUAAAUAUAUCCUUGUGGCAUACAUAUACUCGUAUAAAUGUUAUGUGAUAAUUUGUAUAUAAUUUUGCAACUAUUUUUGUAUAUAUAAUACAAUCACUAUAAUAAUUAUAUUAUUUUUUAGCUGGUAUAGAUUAUAUAGUAAAUGUUUGUACUUCAAUAAUUCUUUAAAUUAAGGUAACAAAAGGAUGAAAAGAUUGGACAUACCGAUUUCAAUUAUAAAUGUGAUAAUAUUGUAUUAAAAUUAUUUUAUAUAGACAAACAAUCAUAUUAUGUUGGAGGCUGGCUUAUAUCAGCCUAUUAUUUUCUUGUAAUCUGUAUACUAACAGAAAAAUACAGGAUAUAAGAUAUAUCCUAUUCUACUAAUAUGUAAUAUAAAUGCGAAAGUGUAAGGAUGU